GAGGGGAGGAGGGAGGAGAGAUGCAGCCGCUACUAAAGAGAGUUCCAAAAAAAGAAAAAAAGAAAAUAAAAGCUCGUCAAACUUUGCCUGGCUGUGGGAGGACGCAGUAAGGACUGAUUCAAGGCAAGAAGCUUCUUUUUUCCUGAUUUCAUUCGGAUAUUAGGCUUGAUUUUUGGGUGAAACAGUCUUCCAGAGCCGUGCGUAUUUACGCACUUGGAGAGUCCUCCGGGAAUCGGGCCAUAUAGCAACUUUGUUUUUUUACCCGCCCAGAAAUGACAGAAGAGAACCGGUCCCCGGCAGACACUCCGCGCAGUCCAGCAGGCAGCGACAGCUCCAUGUCCCAGCAGGGAUCGGGUUCGGAGUCCCCGACCUCUCCAUCAGGGUCCGAAGCACAGGAGGCAGCGCGCACGGCCGGGAUGACGCACCAGCUGGAGAGCGGCGUGGAGGACGAGCGCUUCCCCGCCUGCAUCCGCGACGCGGUGUCCCAAGUGCUGAAAGGCUACGACUGGUCGCUGGUCCCGAUGCCCUCUCAUGGGGAGAAAGGGCCGAAGAGCAAGCCUCACGUGAAGCGGCCGAUGAACGCGUUCAUGGUGUGGGCGCAGGCGGCCCGGAGGAAGCUGGCUGACCAGUAUCCUCAUCUUCACAACGCGGAGCUCAGCAAGACCCUGGGCAAGCUGUGGCGACUUCUCUCUGAAACAGAGAAGCUUCCCUUCGUUGCGGAGGCCGAGAGGCUGAGGACGCAGCACAAGAAAGACUACCCGGACUACAAGUACCAGCCUCGGAGACGCAAGAACCCCAAACCAGGACAGGGGGACUGCGGACCAGGACCGGUACAGCAGCAACAGCAGGACUUGUAUAAGACAGAACCAGGGGGGGUGCACCAUCAUUAUGAUCCAGACAGGACAGGUCAGUCUCAUGGGCCUCCAACACCCCCCAACACCCCCAACACUGACCUCCACACGGGGACCAAACACGAGGCCCCGCGGCCUGUCGACAGCAGCAGCACCGGCUCCGCUCCUGCCAGCGGCCGGCAGAACAUCGACUUCAGCAACCUGGACAUCUCCGAGCUCAGCACCGACGUCAUCAGCACCAUCGAUGGCUUUGACGUCCACGAGUUGGACCAGUACCUCCCUCCCAACAGCCACGCCUCGACUCUUCUAACCACGCCAGAUAGCAGCCACGGACAAAACAACCCUUCUGGGUCCCUUAUUCUGCCCAGCAUCUACUCCCACUCCCAUACCUGGACACCCAAAAGUGGGAUUUCCACUGGAAUGCCAACUUCCUCUUGCAGUCGUGAUGCGCAUGGGCUCCACGAGGACACCAGCCAAAAACUUCAGAUUAAGACAGAACAGAUGAGCCCAGGUCACUACAGCAGCUCCUCCUCCUCCACACCUCCACCGCCACAACCGGAGUACGCCCCCCUCGGCUCGGGCCUCUGCCCUUCCUCCAUCAACCAAUCUGACUACACUGACCUCCAAAGCUCCAGUUUCUUCAGCGCCUUCCCAGGGUACCCUCCCGGUCUGUAUCAGUACCCGUACUUUCACUCGUCUCGCAGGCCUUACAGCCUGACCUUGGCACCACCUCCACACAGUCCUCCCUCUGGCUGGGAGCAGCCUCUCUACAAAACUCUCUCCAGGCCUUGAAGAGGCAGAAAACCCCCAAAAAAUGGGGAUAUGGACACAAACUUUAAUGACUACUCAGACUGAGACAGGGCUGCUUUGACAACUUGUAAGAUAAUGUUUGGCGUUUCAAUGACUUGAAUGUUAAUUUUAAAGAUUUUGACCAGACUGAUAUCUGUUGGCCAAAGCGUCAUACAGCAUUGUGCGUCAUUAUA